CCGGCUCUGCGCGCGCCGCAGCCCGCCCCUGAACUUCCGGCGGGUGCGCCGCUUCCGGCCGGGCGCGCGAGAGUUCCCGACUCUCGCGAGAGCUGCCGAGAUUCUGGCGGCGGGAUAGGGGGCGGGGCCGUGGACAUCUUGAGGAAGCAAAGAUGGAGAAGCGAGAGCGGGGCGGGAAGCAGGCGCCGAGCCAGGCCCCUCAGCAGUCGCCUGUCACGGCCAGGAAAGAGAGGAGGCCGAGCAUGUUCGAGAAGGAAGCAUAUGCACAGAUCUUAAAAGAAAGACUGAGAGAAUCUUUUCAUGAUGUUCAGUAUGUGGAGCCUCCAUUUGAUGACUCAAUUGUGGAUAUAGGUAAAGAAUGGAAGAGUGCCCUGGCGAAAUUAAAGUUUGCUAAUUCCUAUAGAAUGGAGCCAUUGAGGAAAUUCCAAGCUCAUUCAGUGGAAACUAAAGUCCAGCAGAUAUUAAAGGAAAGUCUUAAAGAUGUCAAAUAUGAUGAUAAAGUCUUCUCUCAUCUGUCACUUGAAUUGGCAGACCGCAUAUUGUUAGCAGUCAAAGAAUUUGGGUUCCAUCGUUAUAAGUUCAUUAUAAAAGUAUUAUUUAUUCAAAAGACUGGUCAAGCAAUAAAUAUUGCCAGCAGAUGGAUCUGGGACGUUGCUUGGGACAGCUGGGUUGAAGCGAAGCAUGAAACUGAAUCUUACGUAGCACUGGCGCUGGUAUUUGCUCUUUACUGUGAAUAGCUUGAUUCCCAUACUAAAGGGUUUACAUUCCAACUUCUCAAGAUAAAUGAAAAAAAGAUGAAUGAAAUAGAUAGAUUGUGAACCUCAUGGUAGCUUUGAUUAACUACAUUGUUAUCUACAAUUGAGUUUUUAAUGGAAUUCUUGUAACAACAAACAAGAAAACUAGAUUUUUAAAUUUAUACUUCCCAGUUGUAUUUAUUAACAUUGUGUUAUACAAAAGUAGUAUGAGGUGUGUGUAUUUAUGAAUUCUUAUAGUGAAUAAUAAUAAAGAGAGAUAUUCUUUUUAGAUUUAUGAAAAUUAGAAUUUGCUGCAGGAAAUUAAGAUACAAUCUUGUAAAGUAUCAAAUGGCCGGGGUGUUUGGACCCUGCACCCUAUGGGAGACCAGGACAGGAAAACAGACAAGAGAG